UCCACUCGCCCCCCACUGACUGAUGUGUAUUUUCUCCAAUCUCUUCUGCAAUCUGACGUUGUGCGUUCUACAGGUUCUACAGGACGUUGCAGUUCUACUGGUCAAACAAAGCCGUAUAAACAAGCGUUUGGUGAUAUUGAGCGGCGAUUCGAGUUUUUGGAUUCUACCAGCUUUAACAUGCAGCGAGAAGCACCAGCAACCCGGGGACGAAACAGGCGACGUGGCGGUGGUUUGUCCCAACGCAACAAGAACCAGGAACCGGUAGCGGAGCUACAGCAACAGCAGCAAAAACAUCUGCAUAACUACGCGCUCCCCCUGCCCAUUUCAACUCGCGCCGUUGGCCGGGCAGUUGGCCAGUUCAUGAGGGAUUUUAGAUUUGCUAUGUACCACAAUGGAUCAUCCUCAGAUGACGAUGAACUUCCGGAUAGUUACAUCAUCGAAGCAGUUACGCCCAACUUGUACCAGGUUUAUCGACUGUUUUUGGCCGUCUUCGAGACGAAGCUAGCACGGUUCCAGUUUUCCAGUGGGUUACGAUUCCGCGGUUAUGAUGUCCGGUGUGUCGAUUACGGCGCUAUGAAUAGAUGUGAUUAUCCGAAGCACAUUACGGAACUUGUGAACGCGUUGGGAAUUGUCCAGUACGGGGACCUCACAUUUGUUCCGGUGGUCACUGAAGAAGUUUUCGACGCCAACAGGAGACUGGUUCCGUUGCCGCAGAGUUUGGUGUACUCCAACUUGAGAAGGGCAGUCGUGGCGUUGGCUGACCCGGAAACGCCGGAACAGUACCGGAUCGACUUCGAGGCGAACUGUCCGAUUCCAGGUGCCAUUUGGGACAACCAUCUGCUUACGAACGCCGACGAAAUCAUCCCAGACAAUCACAGCAUUGAGCAUGAAUAUCUAGGUGCCUUUUGGCGUUUAGCGGUAUCGUUGCAAGGAAAGUUGAACGAUGAUACCAGGGGAAACAUUUCCGCUUUAGUCAACAUCAACAAUAUGAGGGACAUCAAGUUGUCACCUAGGAAAGCCGAACAAAGCCUUCUAGAUUACCACGUUGGCAAUAUGGUGGACUAUUUCAUUAGUGAUUUUACCAGUUUCGCGAAGCUGACCGAUGACCAGACAAAAAAAGGGUUGGAUUUGAUGUUUGGAGAGGUACCCAACAACGAUGAUCACAAGUCAGCACUGCACGCAAUACGGGAUAGAUGUGUUAGUGCUUACAACUUGUCCAGAUUCGUCGAUAAAAGCCGUUGCUGCGAAUCUGUUUGCCUCACUCUGUCCGUUACGACUCGCGGGAUUGGGUUUCAUUUAAGCAGGUUCUUCCGGUUUAACGGAGGAAAGUUCCAGCUGGGGGAACCGAACCUCUACGCCACAUAUCGAGCAUUUCUUGGGCUGUUUGAAAUCAAGUUGAAGCCCAACUGGUUAUGCACCAGAAUCAAGCCCAGCGAAGCCUAUCGAUCGAGCUUCGUCCGUACCAACCCGAACCUUACGUCUACCAUCGUAAUCUUUGUUCCGGAGCCGAUUAAUCGAAUUAUCAGCGCCGUCGGGAACGUCACGAUCGGCCAAACAACCUUCGUCAUGUCGGUGGCCAGCGAACGCCUGGACGAAAACGGCAAACUCAUUCCGGAACCCCAAAACCUGCUAGUCUCGAACCUCAGAAGAACCGUCGAAGCCCUGGCCGACCCGGAAACGCCCCUCCGGCAUCGAGAAUAUUUCGAGCUCAACUGUCCCAUCCCGGGCGCCAUCUGGGACAACCAUCUGCUUACGAACGCCGACGAAAUCAUCCCGGCCAACUACUCCGCCGAAGAUCUGGAAGCGGACAUCCUGGCGUGGGUCGCGUGUACCAGCGAGCUCAAGGGACGCGUGGAACCGCGCCUCACGGAACUGACCCUUAACGGCGACGGCGUCGCGCUCGGCAAACGGUCCGCCUUUGUGUCCGUUACGAUGGAUCGUCCGAUGCGGGUGGAGCCACGACAGGCCGGGCAGGAACUGGCGGGGUACGUGCCAACCUUUCAGCCGGAACAGUGGCUACAAUGUCACUCGUUCGUUUCGCUUACGCCGGAAGAAGCCGUCGAAGGACAGAAGCUGCUGCUGGGCGAGACGCCAAAGGGGGAAAAGCGAUCGAUUUACGCCCUGCGCAAUCCGGUCGUGUGUGGUUAUGGGAUUGUUGAGAGGAUAAAUGUUUACGAAUCAUUUAUUUACAGAGAGACAUAAUGAAUAAACACACACGAUAUUCACUUUUCAUUUCA